AUGACGACCCUGCUGCUGACGGUUGGGCUCAGCCUUACUGCUGUCCUGCGGGCCCAGGACCCCCCAGCCUCAGAAGAGGACCCCGUAGAUGUGUCAGGGAAAUGGUACCUGAAGGCCAUGACCGCAGACCAGGACCUGCCCGAGAUUAAACCCGAGUCAGUGACUCCCAUGAUGCUCACAGUCCUGGACGGGGGUGACCUGGAAGCCAAGAUCACCAUGCUGACAAACGGUCAGUGCCAGGACAUGGAAGUGGUCCUGCAGAAAACUUCCGAGCCCGGCAGAUUCACGGCCUACAACGGCAAGCGUGUCGUGUACAUCCUACCAUCGCCGGUGAAGGACCACUAUGUCCUUUACUGUAGCAGCGAGUUCCACGGGAAGCAGGUCCAGAUGGCCAAGCUCGUGGGAAGGGACCCCAAGAACAACCAGGAGGCCCUGGAGAAUUUUCAGAAGUUCGUAAAAGCCAAAGGACUCAACCAGGACAUCUUGGAACCCACACAGAAGGAAACUUGCUCUUCAAGAGGAGACUAGGGAGGCACAACCAUCCA